AUGAGUUUAUUAAGUGCGGUGUUGUUAGAAGCUGACAAAGCUACAACAAAGGACAUAAAAAAAUAUCUCGAUGAGUUAGGACCGAAAUUAAAAGAUCUACAUGAAAGAGUUCAAAUGCUAUCUUGGUCUUUACAACAAAAUUUCAUCGAUACGUAUUUCCACUUUACACCUACAAAAAGUUUAGAACAAUUGAACUAUAAAAAUAGAAAAGCGAACAUUCUUUCUGAUCAUUUCAAAUUCAAUAAAGAAGUCGCGUUAUUUGUAGAAAAAUUUCCAAAUAAAUAUGCUAUAAUUGAGGAUUUUAACAAUAAUUGUAAGAAAUUGGAAAAGUCUAUGAAGAAUUUCUCCGACCUGUGCAUUGUUGGUGAAAGCAAAUGGAUAUUGGACAAAGCCAAUCACGAAUUCGGUAGAUUUAAUUACAUUGAUGCCAUACAAAGCAUAAAAGAAUUACAAAGUAAAUUAUAUGAAAUUAAAUUCGAAGGUAUUGGAAGCAAGGCGUUAAUAAAUUUAACUUCUCAUUCAGAACACCAGUUAGCCAUAUACACGGCGCAGCUGAGUAUUGAAUGGGAAGAUAUUUUUACGUGGUCUGAGAAAAGGGGUGUUAACAAUGUAAUAUACUCACUGUCAGUCCUGCAGUGCGAUCCCACUCUCGUGCAGAAAAUCUUAAAAUCUUUAUAUGUUACCGAGAGAUUGAAUGCUGAACUUGGACUCUUUUCACAUUUCUUUGUUGAUAAAUUGCUUCACAACGUUAUAAGGAACAACUGUGAAAUAUUCACUGAAGAUCCCAUCGGAGCUCUUGUUUUUAAUAUAAAGAUAGAUCUCAACGGGCAAAAUAAACCAAAUUUUCAGACUAUAUUUAACAACUUGACUGCUAUAUUUGAAUUUCUCCAGUCGACAUUAGGCAGUCAGAUGGAGGCAGAUAAAACUUUCAUCGAAGUCUUUGCUGAUUGCAUACAGGAUAAGUUUUUCAAUAAAAUCAUCAAGGACUGCAUAAGGAUGAACCUACCUUCGUGUGAUGGCAGUUACCAGAACUAUAAGAACAUUGUUAUUGAAUUAGAUUCAUUUAAUAAAUUUUUAAUUGAGUUGAAAUUCGUCGAAGCUGAUAAAUCACCGCUGAACAAAUACAUUAAUGACACAGAAUCCGUCCUUUACAAUAAAAAAUGCAAUAAGUUAUUGUCUGAUGUUCGUAGUCUAUUAAACCACAGCCUUUCUUACUGCACAAUAUCAGUAGGAAGUACAAAUGAUGUUGUAAAUGACUCUAUACUAGACGAGUCUCGAAAAGACUCCGUAUAUGAUUUAAGUAAUCCACUCUUCUUACCUAAGUCUGUGAUAUCACAAAAUGUUAAACAGAUCAUGACUAUGGUUAUAGAACAUUUAGAAGAGAGCGUAAAACUUCCAGAGCAGUACAGCACCCAAUUGGUUAUGUAUAUAAAAGAUAUUGCUGUUAUGUACCAAUCGAUAGUACCCAAGAAAUUUAAAGUUAAUUUAGAAUGUUGUCCUUUAGACACAGCACUAUUUUUCAACAAUUGCUUCUACCUAGCGCAUAGUCUAAUUGGACCACCCUGGAAACUAACCAUGCCAGCAGAAUUAGCAGAUCUAUUGAAUACCACCCUUCUUGAAUGCAUACAGGAUCUAAGAGUGCUGGGCUUGGAGAAAAUGUCUCUCUACUUGCAGUGUCAGAAGAAUCUUAUAACACAGAAGAUUGAGGCUAAUGAAUUACCUUGGACUUAUGAAUCAUAUGAAACAUUCGACUGUGCUGUUAAUUAUGCAGUUACAUUAAUGCAAGAAUUGAAAAACACUUGGUACAAUAUUCUACCCACACGAAUGUAUGAAUUGUCUAUAUGUGCACUCAUACUGGCUCUGUGUCAGUCCAUGUUGGAUAGAAUAUUUGCAGACACUAGAGCAAUUUGUGAAGAUUUGGUCUAUAUGCUUGCUGUUAGAUUUGAGGAUGCUAUUUCUGAAUUUUUGUCUUUAUUUGAGGAACCAAUCAAGUUUGAAAACAAGAUCAAUGUGUGGAACAAAUUCAUCAAAAUGCCAAAGUUAUUGAAAGCACAAAUGUUAGAAAUAGCAGAUCUUUGGAAGAAAGACAAGGAAUUGUCUCAGAGUUAUGCCUGUGAAGAUAUACGGAUGAUAAUCAAGAUGAGGUUUCCUGAUGAUAAAUAUAGAUUAAAAAUUCUAAAGGAAAUACAAUAAAAAAUUAUUUAUUUAUCUUAA